AGCCCUCCGAGUCUCCGUACUAAAGAAAACCUGCCUCCCUAUGCCUUUAUUCGCACACCCAUCAUCUCUCCUCGCCAAAAAACACAGAACGGACAGAUGAAAAUACACGGCAAAAUAUUUAGUAUCAUCACUGGAGUGUACGCUGCUGUCAAGGGCUCUCAACAACAUGGAUAUAUAUAAUAUUCCUGCUAUAUGGCAUAAUCCUUUCAUCAGUGUGCAUUUCUUUGCGAAAAACGAAUUAAUCGGCGUUGUCUGCAGAAAGAAAUAACGCUAUCCUUCAAGUAACUCCCUCGUUCUAUAGGCAUAUUAUGAUACAACUAACUGUAUUUAACACAGAUGACACAUUAACAGUUCUUCUGAAAUAGACAGUCAGCUGAAGUGAAUACAACAAAGAUGAAUCCUUUAUAGAGGAGCUCCCUAGCUUUCAAAGGAUCAAGGUGAUAUUAGUAAAUUGCAGUCCGGGAGGUUUCAGCGGUGCGGAGAGGUGACGUUGACCGGAUGUGUGUAGCGGAGCGUGCCGUGUGGCUUUGACCAUGAGCCGGCUGAUGUUGGGCCGGACCCUGGAGCGGAUCUGCAAGGCUGUGCUGUUGCUCUGCCUGGUGCACUUCCUCAUCAUGAUGAUCCUCUACUUCGAUGUCUACAGCCAGCGCUUCGACAUCUUCAGCCGUUUCAACAAUGGCCGUGGAGCGAACAGCUCACGAGGACCGCACCACUACUAUUAUAAUUUCUCCAGCGGAAGGCCCAACACUACCUUUGCAAGCUACCUGGCUACAGCUGACCAUCUUCUGCCCAGCACCAAGCCAGAGGUCAACCACACACCGCCAACCCCUAAGCCAUUACCACCAUGUCCGGAAGCACCUCCUGGCCUGGUGGGACGUCUCCUCAUCGAAUUCAGCUCCCAGAUAACCCUCGAGCGGGUGCAGAGAGAGAACCCUAAUGUGACAGAAGGGGGUAAAUACACUCCUCCGGACUGCCGGCCAAAACAAAAGGUGGCCAUCAUCGUCCCAUUCAGACACAGAGACAACCACCUUAAAUAUUGGCUUCACUACCUGCACCCAGUCCUGCGCAGACAGAAGAUCGACUAUGGGAUCUUUAUCAUCAACCAGCUUGGCGAGGACACCUUCAAUCGGGCAAAGCUUCUCAACGUUGGCUACACGGAGGCUCUUAAAGACGCAGAAUACGACUGCUUCAUUUUCAGUGACGUGGACCUGAUCCCUAUGGAUGACCGGAACCUAUACCACUGUUAUGACCAGCCCCGUCAUUUUGCCAUUGCCAUGGACAAAUUCGGCUUCAGGCUACCUUAUGCGGGGUACUUUGGAGGGGUGUCCGGCCUUAGCAAAAAACAGUUCCUCAAAAUCAAUGGCUUCCCUAAUGAGUACUGGGGUUGGGGAGGUGAAGAUGAUGACAUUUACAACAGAAUCACACUAAAUGGGAUGAAAGUGUCUCGGCCCGACGUGAGAAUCGGCCGCUACAGGAUGAUCAAGCAUGAGAGAGACAAGCACAAUGAGCCAAACCCCCAGAGGUUCAGUAAGAUCCAGAACACCAAGAACACCAUGAGGAAAGAUGGGAUCAGCUCGCUGAUGUACAGAGUGGUGUCUGUGAAGAAAUACCCACUCUACACCAACAUUUCCGUAGAGAUUGGCAAGCCUCCACCCAGACCCCUCAAAGGAUAGAGAGCUAUCGGUCCUGGACCGAGGAUACCAUGAUCUUCUUAAAGUUCAGCACACAAACACACACACACACACACACACACAAACUCUGCCCAGGGUCACCUUCCUAUGAUACAGCAGUGAUAUGCUGAACAGGUUAGUUCUCAGGAAUACAUGGAAGCUUGAUGUGGAUCCAGCGAUGUACUGUAGAUUCAUAUCCUGAUUCAGAUCGAGAUGUGCACAGUGUCUGGAGGGACAGAAAUAUCAUCAUCACAAUCCAAUGGCUGUUUUGAUCAGACCUUGAGGAUUAAUUCAAGCUUUUAGGCUCUUAACAGGAGGAUUGUUCAGUUCUGGUUUUGGGAAGUGACGUUGAUCUGCAAAGAACAGUCUGGUCACUUGAUGUAAAUCAGUCUGAACAUACUGUACAUUUCAAAAGCGAAUGUGUCUUUGUACCUGCGAUACUUGCAGUGUUCAAAUCUCUUCUUUCGUAUCUCAGAUGUUGGUUGAUCAUGUGAGGUUGAUUGAUCAGUGCUUGAAGUUGGCUCCUUUGGAUUGUGUCUCUAUCUUGCACUCUCUUUUAUUUUGUAUCGUCUCUUGGGACUGUUGUCAACCAUGAAAACACUUCUCAGCACUGGGAUGUCUUCAUUGGAACUUGGAGAACAACUAUGUGAUGUAAUUAGACUGGAACUGGACUAGUCCUACAAGCACAUGACUGUCAGUCAAUGAGGUAUAAAUGGAUUGGCGCAGCGUACCGUCUGGUGCCGAGUAGAUGCCUGGAGAAACGGUGAGAACUUUUGCUGAGAGAUAGAGAAGCUUCUGUAGAAGUUACCUAUGAUCAAACCUCUGUAUCUAUCUCCACCCGCUCAAAACUGACUGUGCUAUGAGCCACUCUUUCUUUGUUUACCUUCAUUUGCCUCAAAGAUUCAUAUUUAGAUCUGUCAUAUAUCAAGUCUUUUUUAAAAGGUAGCAAUGGCUGCUUCCAGUCAUUCAGUUUUAAGAGUCUCGCGCCUCUUUUGAUGAUCAUCUUUGGAGGUGUUAUAUAAAUGAUACUCUGAUAUGUCCAAUAUUAUAUAUUAUAUAUAUUCACCCAGGGUCCAAACUCAAUGUAUUGCCACAACU